AUGCCUGUUACUCGAUCAGUCACACAUACCAGUGAAAUGAAUGCUGAGAAGACUACAAUAAAACACGCAUCAAAGCAACAGAAUGACUUGCAUGCUAUCAACAACACUACCAUGAAAAUAAACACUGAAGAUCCAUCUGCCGUGGAAAGGCCACCUCAGAGCCGCAGAUUGGUAGAAUGGAUAUCACUCAAAGAUCCACCUAAUGGUGUCAUCCUAAAUAAUGAUGAACUUUUUGCGACCCUCCAAGAGAUACAUAAACUCAAAGAAUGCAUUGUUAUCGCUCGGGCCGUCCACUGGUUGAUUAUCGAGUGGAGAAGCAGCAAAGACAGGGAGGAGUUUCUUACCUCAGAGCUUUUCCUCAGAUUAAAUGCAGCCCUUGUACAUCGCUUAUGGAGCCAAGAAGUGGCCUGGCCAAUCCCUGGUGCUGGGAAGAUUAUACGCGCAAACCCGCUUUUCCCUCCACAGAGGCUUUAUGAGGUCCUGAUAAUCUAUUUCCCUGCAGACUUAGAUCAGGAAGCUAUCUACUCUAUUGAAAUGUUUAGAGGGCUACCACGCUGGCACAUUAAUGGUGAAGACCCAGCUAAAUAUCCCUCAGCAGCGCUUAAGUCCCAGAUUCCUGCAUGGAUAGAGGGGACUUGUGAGUACCAGAGGCAAACUGCAAGGCGGUUAGCUUAUUUCAUUGAGUUUGCUGAUGAGGAAGGAGAACAAAUCUAUAAAGAAAAGGUGAGGUAUAAUCCACGCGGAAGGCCACCUUGGGAUGUCAUGGUGAAUUUCUUUGAUAAGCUAAAAGAUCUUGGGAUGAUUGGGUAUAAAUCACUGCAUGUAGAAUUUGUGGAGGUUGUUCAUUAUGUACCGGAGAACUAUGUACCAGAGCCUCCCCAACCUAUAUCUCCUGAAGCGAUGAAGCGUUUAGAUGAUUUGCCAGCCUAUGACUCAGAUGUAUCAUUAUAG